AUGAACGACACUUGGCACCGUGCCACCCUUCAACAAGCCACCGCACUCGUCGAUCACGAACGCCUGCGCUCAAGAUGGGCGCCUUCCCCUCAAGAUUCAGCAGCUAUUCUCCCAGGCGCCCUUACGCUUGGGAAUUGCACCUUCUAUGUCGAACAGGAAUCGCAGGACACAACUCCAAGAUCGACUUCACUUCGACUCGACGCCUCGUCGUGGCAAGACAGCAACGGACGAGAACUUGUAUGUGAUGAGAAGGCGCCCGUCGGCCAUAACCUCGACAUGCACAGCUAUACUACGGCGGCAUGCGUUCAAAGCCUCCCUGUCGAACUCCUGGUCAUAAUACUCGAGCUCGUUGUCGAACCCCACAAAUCACACCACGGACAUCAGCUUCGCAGCCUUACCGGGACAUGCCGCAUGUGGCGCGAGGUCGCUUUCUCCACGCCGACCCUCUGGACGACUAUCCAUCUCCACUGGUCAACCCUCUCACGACCAUCGCCGCGUCGUCCGCGUGCCGCUCUUGUCGAGGCGCAAUUGAAGUGGUCCGCCGACAGGCCAAUCGACGUGUUCGUUCACGUAGAGGACUCUUCCGAGAUCACUGGGUCCGCGAGCGAACCUUGGAAACUGCUCCUCAGAAGCUCAUCCCGUUGGAAGACGGCUACAAUCGUUGUGGACGGCGGAAAUUGCGCUCACGAAAUGUUGCGCCACCGUUUCGACCUCCAGUGGCCACUUCUCGAGAGUCUGAGACUACGAGUCGGGCCUACGGACGCCGACAGCAAGAGGCUAUUGGAAAUGUUUAACGGCGCGCCGAGGCUCCGUUACCUGCACGUCCUCAGUCGCUCGCCUUCGUUGCGAAGAAUCAUAUUCAAUGCGACAUGGUCCCUGACAACACUCUCGCUGCUUGGAUUUACGAUCGGCAGCUGCCUGCAGCUAAUCCGACUCAACAGCGCGACAUUGAAGGUGCUCGAAGUAGCGGACAUCCCGACAAACAAGGCUGCGACCACCAACGCAUCGCCCCCUCGCGCAUAUCUACCAGCCUUGACGACCUUGCGGCUCGAAGCGAGAAGAGCAUAUAGAUAUCUAUGCCCUCGGCUGCGUGUCCCGUCCUUGCAAUGUCUCACCCUUUUCAAGCCUCAUGGAAAAUUCAAUGCCGAGCCCGUGUUCGAUAUGAUUGAACAUUCGAGUGCAAGGCUGGUCCAUCUCGGAGUCUACGACGCUAGUGCCGCACCGCAACGCGCUAUCUUGCAUCUCAUGGCCGGCCUUCCUGACGUUGUUUCGCUGACUCUGAAUGCUCGUCGCGAUCGGACGCACCUGGACAAGGCCUUUUUCCUCGCGUUGACGCCCUCGGAAGACAAUCCCAACUGUAUUCUUCCUCGCCUACUGCAAUUCUCGUUGUCAGUACCAAAUGACGACGAACCGGAGCCUAUGCCACAUGAGGAACUCGAACAAACGUUCUAUGAUCUGCGACGCGAGGCAAGGGUCGUUGGCGGUCAUACCUAUCCAGCGCUGACGACGCGGACGCUGAGAUUGCUGCCGGGUGUUUCCGACCAGUAG